UGAGCGCGUCCCACCCACCGCAGCGGCCAUGGAUUCCACUCACCAGGCCGAACCGCUCCAGGCCAACCUGUAUAUUCACCGUCAUGUGCUACAACGUUCUGUGCGACAAGUUCGCGACCAGGCAGAUGUAUGGGUACUGCCCCAGCUGGGCUCUGGAGUGGGAGUACCGGAAGAAGAGCAUCCUGGACGAGAUCAGGCACUACGCCGCCGAUAUCAUUAGCUUGCAGGAAGUAGAAACGGAUCAGUUCUACAAGUUCUUCUUACCCGAACUAAAAAGGGAUGGUUAUGACGGAAUAUUUUCACCCAAGUCUCGAGCAAAGACCAUGGCGGAAAGUGACAGGAAAUUCGUCGACGGGUGCGCAAUUUUCUUCAGAAUCGCCAAGUUUACACUAGUGAAGGAACACCUGGUGGAGUUCAACCAGCUAGCAAUGGCGAACGCUGAAGGCUCGGACCACAUGUUAAACCGAGUGAUGCCUAAAGAUAACAUCGGCCUCGCAGCCCUUCUGAAAACGAAAGAAGCAGCGUGGGAGAACGGUCUUCCAGACCCCCAACAAGUCCAUCAACCUCUUCUUGUUUGCACUGCCCAUAUUCACUGGGAUCCUGAGUUCUGUGAUGUCAAGUUAGUUCAGACAAUGAUGUUGUCGAAUGAACUGAAAGGCAUUUUGGAUCAGGCAGCGCAUUCCUUCCGCCCUGGACACAAGGCUGAUCCGGCUGCCAUUCAGCUACUAUUAUGUGGAGACUUUAACUCUCUACCCGACUCAGGUGUAAUAGAAUUCCUAACAUCAGGGAGGGUGUCAGCAGAUCAUGCAGAUUUUAAGGAACUAGGAUACAAAUCUGUGUUGCAAAAGAUAUCUGGUUGUGAGAAACCUAAUGAGUUCACUCACUCAUUUAAACUUGCUUCUGCUUAUUCUGAGGACAUAAUGCCUUUCACUAACUAUACUUUCCAUUUCAAGGGCAUAAUAGAUUACAUCUUUUAUUCCAAACAAAGUAUGACCCCACUAGGACUAUUAGGUCCCUUAGCUUCUGAGUGGCUUCGUGACAACAAAGUUGUAGGAUGUCCACACCCACAUGUUCCCUCAGAUCAUUUCCCUCUCCUGGUUGAAUUAGAAAUGGUUCCAACUCUGCCACCAUCAAAUGGUCUUAUACAAAGGCGGUAGCACAAUUUUAGCAAAAAGAAUCAGUUAAUAUGUAAGCAUUUGGUUCCUCUAUGUGUAUCAAGAUGAAUCACAGCAUAUCAAUACGUUCUAGGAACCUAUUUGCUGUUGCCAUUACAUCUCAGCUUUUUCCUUUUUCAAUCACUGUAACAUAACACCCUGCCAUUGAUGACCAAUACGAACACUCGUACCCGUUUCUGUAGGUGGACUGACUCUAAAUGGACUCUUUGUUAUCUCUCCAGACACGCAGAAGUCCUCAAUUUCCUCUAGUCUUAAUGGAAUCCUUCGUAUCUUAUUAUGUUUGGGAAAUACUUGAUUUCUGCUAAAUUUGUUUUACAAUUACCUUAAUUGUGUAUCUUUCUUUUACUAAAGUUCCGGUCAGUUUUAAGGAUCCUUCUUUAACAUGGUUUAUAGAUUGGUGUUAUAUUGUAAACUUCAAGUAAAUUCACUUCCUUGUUGGAAAAUUAAAAUCUUCAUUUUAGACUUGAUGUAACUAAUCUGUUGUCGUAAUCAUAUUAUAGAAAUCUGUAGCACAAGUGCCAAACUUGUAAAUGUUGGAUUAGCAGUAUUUUUGUUCUGUACACCAUGUUACGAAGGAAAUUUAGAUAUUUUAUAGUUAUAUUUUAUAGGUAUUUAUUAUAACAUGACAUUUGGUGAUAGCAGGACAAUGAACAUAAGCCCAGUGAGAAAGCCUCUGAAAGUCCUUCUCAUCCAUGUUACACAAAAAAGUUGUUCUAAAUACAAACAAUCUCUGUACCUCUCUAAAUAUGUGAUUCCAGUGGUCAAAGUCAUGUUAGGUUGUCAGAACAGGCAUUUAAGGGAUACAUUUUCUUUUGGAACUAUAUGUAGAUGUUUUUAAUUUAGGUGAGUUCCAGAAAGAUACAUGAACUUAUUUUGUGUGCUUGUUAUGCCUCAGUAUUAAGGAUUUUUCUCAUAAAUUGUAUAAGUGAUACAACAACAGAGGUAAAGUAAGGUGGUAGUUGAAGUAAGACUUAAGAAUGAAAUGAACCUUACAUUGUAAUUUUAUUGUUUGAGAUGGCUCUAGUUGUCUUCUUAUUCAAAUUCUAUCUUCAUUGCAGUGCAUUAAAAGGAAAUGAUACCCCUUUUUCAAUUUUUAAGUCAUAUUUUUUCACUUAUAUCUGAUCUUAUACUUUUGGUGGAAAAGUUCACUUGGCUACCUUUACUUUUUCCAUUCCAAUCACACCAGUGAAAGUAAACUGUUUCCAAACAUUAAAAUCAUGGGUUUUUAUUGAAAACAUUGUCAGUUUCUGAUGGAAAUCUUUUUUGUUGUUUCACUGCAGUGACACAGUGCCACUGUGUACAUAGAGAGCCAAUUAUUACCUCAUUAAGUUACAGGAUGUUCCUUUUGGUCUGUGCAUGCUAUUUGAUAGUUAACAGAUUUCUGACAUUUUUUAAAACCCUGAAUAAUUCUAUUACCUCAAAGUAUGAUUCAGAAAGGAACACCUUGUGUAUGUGGAAAUGCCAGGCUAACUUUGCUGCCCCAACUUAAAAUGAUAUUUUUGGAAUGGAUAUUUGUGUUCACGGCAACACCUGUGAUUGAAAACCUUCUAAACUUAUGCUGUCUCGCGAAGUACUUCUAAAAAAAUUCUUGAAGCGCAAUAUAUUAGGUGUAAAUUAACAGGAGAGCAUUAUCUUUGAGAGUUUCAUAAUAUUAAUUUAGUUCAUGCCUGAGAAAAUGCCGCUAUAUGAAAUCUUGCACUGAUAUCAAUGGAUUAAAAUGUUAGAAUAAGCAAAAUCUAUGUACUGUAAUGUGUCUUUUGGCAGCAACCCCUUUGUACCUAAUUAAAGUAUAAUGUAUUUUAUUGUCUUUGUAGUGAAGCAAUUUGUAUGUCCAAAAAUAAUUUCCUGUCCAUUUCAGACUAAAUUAAGAAACACAAGGAUGUGAAUGUUUUUCUGAUGAGUAGGUUAGUCAUAUUAGAUUUGUAGAAGCAUACUCCAAGUGGCAAUAUUCAGAUUACUCCUGUUAUAUUAAAGUACUUUACCUUGAAAAGCAAUCUUCUGUAGCACUUGCUUAGGUAUAGAUGUAGCUUCACCUCAGUAAGUAGGAACCCUAAAACAAACCUAGAAUUAAAGUUGGAGAUAGAAUGCCAAGCAAUCUGCCUUCAAUAUUUCGGCAUGAUAUACAAAUGAAUUUUGCUGCCCAAUUUUUUCAUCAUGUCCAGAGAUGUUCAUGUACAUGUUUGUGCAUAUUGCACAGCUCUCAUGUUUAUCACUGAAACUUGACUAGUGGUCCUCAAUCAGUGACUGCAUUUUAUUUAAUUUGUUAUCUACUGUAUUUCUAUUACGAUGUAUUACUUUUAUUAUGUAUUUGCAUUCACUGUGGUUUUCACUGAAGGAACACAACAUUUACUUGUUCUAUUUUUGUAUCUUAUUCUGAUAAAAUUAUACCCCGGUCAUUCAUUGAUACCUUUGCGUUGUACUGGAUUGGAAUAGGCUGUUGUUUUUUUUUUCAUCUUUUACCAGUUGUCACAAUUUCCUCCCGAAGUGACAUGUUUUAAACUUCUAUCUUUUAGUUCUAAGUCUAAAGCAUCUUUCAAACAUAUUACAAAAGGCAAUAUUUUUUGUAAAAAAUCACCAUCAAUUUUCUUGUGCGCAAUAAAUGUAUUUAUAUUUGGAGCUUUUGCACCAUGUAUGUUCGGUUUUACAAAGUCAUAAUAAGAAGACUUUUUCAUAUGAAGUGUUUACCUUUUGGAUUCAUUUACAUUGUCUAGUUUUUUUGUUUUGUUUUUUGCAUCUAUUGGAACUUUUUGUUGACCGCUGGUAGCCAAGAGUCAUGGUUGAAGAAUGAUUUUGUUUCUAAGAAUGCAUUUACAUCUUCAAAAAUUUCUUAAAUAAUGUCAAUCUUGGUACAUCUCCUCAUAUCUUGGCAUAGAAAACAACUUAAGUGUUAAUCUGUCAUUACUUUCGUUUUGUGGCUUUACAUGUCAAAAUUUAACACUUUGAACAGCAAAGUGCCUCUGCUCCCAGUACUUUGGUUUCUUUUAUCCACUUUUCAGAAAUAUUUUCAGUCUUGAAGUGCUGGAGAUAUUUGAAACAUUUAGUUCUUGAACCUGAAGAGUCCUCAUCAAUGUGUUAAGUAGCUUGUUGAUUGGUUUGUUCAACUGAUUGUGAUAUGGCUAAGCAUAAUUUAGUUUGCUACAUUUGCUUCAUAUAGUAAGACCUGUUAAAGGAUAUAUGUCUGCGAGAUUGACUUAGUUCCUCUGAUUUGUUAACUUAAUUUAUAAACCGUCUGACAUGCAUCAAAUUUGUUGAGAACUAUAGAUAACAAGGACACUAGUAUUAGAAUUAGAUAAAAUUAUUGGAUCAGAAACCUACAAGAUAUAUUCUUGAAUAAAGUAACAUAUGUUACUUUUUUUUCUUUUGCAAAAAUCUUCCCACUUUUAUUUUUAUGGUUUUUGUUGCUUACUCUGAUGCUUUGACAAAUGUUGAAAAAUCCAUCGUAAAAAUGAAAUAGAAACGACUUGAAGAUUUUUAAUCAUCAUACUGACCAAAUCUUAUGAUAACUUAAAAGUACAAAUUAAAAUUUGGGACGACUGUAUUUGUAUGCUGUGAAGAUGGUCUUCUAGUUUUAGGUUCUUACUGUGUGGAUGAGAGAAGCAUCAGAGGGUGAUAUAACAAGACAAGCCAUCAACAAUAAUUAAACUUGUGACAGUCUCAGGAAAAUGUUAUUAACUUUCAUGAAUCUUUUGCAAUGUAUUUGUUAACCAUUAAUUGUUACAACUUACCUUGGCUACUCCCACUUACUGUAUCAACUUUGCUACAUUAUUUGUGGAAGUAGUGUACUUAUAAAAUGGUAGAGGUGCCUAAUAAGAGCAUAUAGUAUCGAGUGUUUGGUUUGUUAGAUAAUGAAUUUGUUUUGUCCUGGCUCACUUCAACUCAUUAUUUGGAACUGUUUUGAACUUAGUUUUCUUGUACGAUAAAAUUAUUAUUAAAAAGCCAUAACUUUACUCACUGUUAAUUUAAUUGUGAGACUGCUAUACUAAGGAUAAUGUAGGGCACCGUGCCUCACGUUACUUAAUGAAGAGCACUAGUGCCUCACAUAAGAUGAAGCGUUGGGUGCUUUACUUAGCUAAUGUGCACUGGGUGCUCUACAUUAGCUAAUGUGAGGCACUGUGCCCUACAUGGCCAUGGCCCACCUAAUGCAUAGCAGUCUUACACUUGAGCUAAUAUGGGAUUGUUACAUAAAAUUUGCUGUACCUCGUUUGUCCUUGGACAGACAAAUUACCUUCUGUAAUUCAGAGACCAUUGUUUCCUUAAGCAUUCUGUUCAGGAAAAGCAUUUUAGGUGUUUGCUUUUGUUUGCUAUCCAAUGUGCGUUGUUGAGAUCUACAGGGCUGGGAGAUAAAUCACAAACUUGCAACAACUGAGUAUAAUGAAGAGGCUUUAUAGUACAAGUUCAAAUAUAAGCAUCCUUUUAUUAAUAUAAAUAUAUAUCUAUUUAUAAAUUUAAUAAAUACUAUUCACAUUAUGAUCAUUGAACUGAAAAUAGCGGAUCAAAGUCUUCUUCAUACCAAAUUUUAGGAAUCCAGCUAUACAUUAAAAUGAAAUUGAAGUGUUAUACAUAGCGUGUGAUCCCUGUUGGCAGGGAACAGUUGGUGGGUUGUAUGUGACUUAUCAUGCAUAUAUUGUGUGAUUUUACUAAAGCAUAGUCGAGAACCAUUUCGUAGAGGUGAACGUUGUUUAAAUUUGCUUUGAUCUCACAGGCUGGAACAAUUGCUGCGUAACCUUAAAUAUCUGUGUGUAGUCGUAAGAACUUUUAAUUGUUUUAUUUGAAUGAGGAUCUGAAAAAAUUACAGUGUUUUGUUACCUUCAUUCUUUCAAACUAUCAAAAAUGAAAUAAAGAGCAUAAACAAAUA